AUGAAACAUGCAGAUAUUUUGGACCAGUAUGAAAUGAACAUGGCUGAAGGAAAUAUAACACCUGACGUUCUAGAACAUUUAUCUCAAAGAACUACACAGAACCAUAGAGAUGGUAUAUUUGGUGAAGAGUUUAGAAAGAAAGUUAGGGAUAGAGAAGGAAGAGAACCUAUUGUACAUGACCUUGCAAACGAAAGUUUACAAAAUGUCAUAAAAACUUACUUUGCAGACGAUGAACUGAGAAGGGAUGAAUAUUUAAGAAAACUCAAAUGGACAGUACCAAAUGAAAUGUUAGUAUUGAAAAACAUGUUCCUUGACAAAAUAAAACCAACUACAGAAAUAAAUGACGCAAGACUGAAAGAUUGGGUAAAAGCUUUCCCAUUCACAAAAGAUAUUGUUGGUAACAUGGAAAGAAAACCAGAAUGGCUACAAAAACAUAUAUUUGGAAACGAGCUUAUUCCAUAUGGACAAGCUCUGUUUGAAGAGCUUGAACCGGAAACUCAGGAAAGAGUCAUGCAAACAAUAAGCGAAGACUCAAAUACAAACUAUGACAAAAUCUUUCUAGGAUAUAGGUUACCUGAGAUGGGCGACCAGAGCCCAAAGGCAAAAAGGACAUGGGAAAUUUACAACAUACUAGGUGAACAUGAGGCAAAGAUGCAACAACUUAAAGCAGAGGGCAAGUUACCAAAGAAGAAGAGUAGAACAAAGUGA